AUGCCAGAUUUCCAGCACUUCCGAUUUUCCUACUCUAGACCGAAUUCCGGUUUGGGCGAGAGCGCGCGUGCGGUUCAGCGUCAGCCGCAGAAUCCCGGGAUGAGUUUAUCAGACACGGAGCCUGGGGACGCAUCGCCCGAUCCGGGUUUUUGCUUUGGGGAUACUGGACAAGAUAGUUUGGAUUCGGGCUUUCUAUCCAACAGCCUUCCGUAUUUACAUCCGAGCAGCUCUUUGUACCGCGCAUCCCUUCCUCCUCUUCCUCCUCCUCCUCCUGCGGCGGCUCUGCGCAACGACCUCGGCUCCAACAUCAGCGUCCUCAAGACCCUGAACCUGCGAUUUCGCUGCUUUUUGGCCAAAGUGCAUGAAUUAGAGCGCCGCAACAAAGCACUGGAAAAUCAGCUUCACGAGGCUCUGGAGGCUAAUAAUAAUGACAAAGGGAAAAGAAAUUGCGCUGUCCAUUCAGGACCAGACUUUACAGCAAGUUCAGUCAAUGCAAAUGACUCUGCAUGCUUGACAAGGACUUUAUUAGGACCAACGCUGAAUAGCACUGGACUCAUUCCUAGAAACAAGAUACUGGUUGGAAAUUUGGGCUCAGUAGGUGUGUUGGACUCGAAUUCCAAUCUUUCCCCACCUUUCCCCCAUAACCCAGUAUCUCCAGUUGAUCCUAAGUCAAUCUCCAGUACCACACAGAGCUGUGAUGAAAAUGGGACAGAAAGGCUUACCAACUCCCCACCUGAAGUCCUUCCCACCUCGAUUUGGUUUCACAACCCUCCUGGGAGGUUCAACAAUAGCUGGGAGUUGAGAGUUUCAGGUCCCAAAAUGUCUUGGCCAUACCAAGAUGGAGUUGGGGUUCAAAUCGACACCAUCACACCAGAAAUCAGGGCCCUUAACAACGUACUGGCCAAAGUGAAGCUGGAAAGGGAUGAAUACAAGCAAAGGUGGGAGGAGGAGUAUGCAGUAAGAGUAGACCUUCAGGAGAAGAUCACAGAACUAGAAGAGGACCUGUAUAUGAGCGAGAUGUGUCAGGAUAAGCUUGCUCUCCGAGUAAAGCAACUGAAGGCUGAGCUCAUUGUCUUCAAGGGCCUCAUGAGCAACAACCUCUCAGAGUUGGACAGUAAGAUCCAGGAGAAGGCCAUGAAGGUGGACAUGGACAUAUGUCGACGGAUUGACAUCACUGCACGCCUGUGCGAUGUAGCCCAGCAACGGAACUGUGAGGACAUGACUCAGAUCUUCCAGCAGGUGGCUACACCUCCCUCAACACUGACCCGCUGUCAAUCCAAACAGGCCUCACAGACCAACAAGCCCAACAAUGCUGAGGACUCAGUCAGCAAUUCUGAGAGUGAGGAGGGCAAGAACAAAGAGGCGGAGCUGCAUGGCUCACUGACCAAUCCGGUCAGUGAAGAAAUGCAGAGGAUGCUCAACCAACUGCAUGACUGCGAGUUUGAGGAUGACUGUGAUAGUCUGGCAUGGGAAGAAACGGAAGAAACAUUACUGCUUUGGGGAGAUUUCCCAGGAUACACCUUGGCUGUGGACACUAACGGGGAGCAGGAUGAGUCCAUAGAGAAGGUGAUAAAGGACACAGAGUCAAUGUUCAAAUCUCGUGAGAAAGAAUACCAAGAGACCAUAGACCAGAUUGAGCUGGAGUUGGCCACAGCAAAAUCAGAUAUGAACAGGCAUCUACAUGAGUACAUGGAGAUGUGCAGUAUGAAGAGAGGCCUGGAUGUGCAGAUGGAGACAUGUAGGAGACUCAUCACACAGAGUGAAAAUAGAAAAUCUCCCCUUCCAAGUUCUGUGACUUUGAAAGAUGCAGAGGAAGGAGAGAAGGAGAAAAAGAAGGCGAGUCCUCUCUCAGACACUGCCAACACUGAGUCAUGCUGCGACAAUCUAAACAACCCUUCUGUUGCUCACCUACCUUGGAGGAAGUCCCAAGCCUUAUUAUUUUAAAGAGACAAUUCUAUAGAAAGACUCUUGAUGACAAAAACAAGCCACUUUAGAAAGAGUUUCCUUCUUUCUCCUUGCCAGCAGAGAACUCAACUCAAAACUGCUCUUCAGAUGCUGGUGAAAAGUUCCUGGUUUCUCUUAAUCUCUACUGCCAUGA